AUGAAGAGCUACCUGCGCAAGGUCGAUGUUCGGAUCGCACUGUUCUUGUGUCUGGGAUAUAUAGGCGUUUUUUUGAAUCGUGGAGCGCUGGUCUUUGGCAAGGUGGACGGCAUGGAGAAGCAUCUCAAGCUCAAGGGAACCCAGUACAAUACGCUGAUGGCGCUUUUCUACCCGACGUUCCUGGUCUUCCAGAUCCCGCUCAACUUUUUGUGCCGCAAGAUUGGCGCUCGCAAGCACCUUCCAUCCAUGCUUCUUCUUGCUGGCACCAUGAGCGUUGGCGCCAUGGGUGCUCGGAAUUUCCAAGGCAUGAUCGCGAUCCGUCUACUUGAGGGCUUCGCUCAGGCAGGCUUUAUCUCGUCGCUCUACUUCACCUUUGGUCUCUGGUAUCCGCGCAAGUACUUGGCUCCCCGCCUUGGAUUCGCUCUGAGUUCAAGUGGCUUUGCCGGCAUCAUUCACAACUUGGUCAAUCUGGGCUUUGCCAAGAUCCACACCAACACACCGACCUAUGCUUGGCAGUACCAGUACCUGCUUGUUGGUCUCUUUGCUAUCCUUACUGGGGUAUACGGCGCAAUCGUUAUCAGAGAUUAUCCGGAUACUGCAAGUUUUCUCAGCGACGAGGAGCGCGAGCUCGUUGGUCGCAUCAUGAGCAAGAACAAACUGCAGGCAAGCGUCGACCACAAGAUCUCGGGCAGGCAGGUCGUUCAGGGCCUGACUGACUGGCGCCUUCUUGCCUUUAUGGCCCUUGACUUUGCCAACAACUAUGCUGCGUCUUCAGCGGGAAACUGGUCGCCGGUUAUUCUCAAGAGUAUCGGCUACAGCACCUCGACUACCAUGGCGCUUCUGCUUGUGCCCAGCGGUGUGGGAACCGCUGUCACUGUUGCGUCAGGGCUGUACAUUCGCAAGUACGGGAACAUCGCGCUCUACCAGAUCCUCCUCUCCGUGCUAUCAACCGCUACAAUCAUCAUCGCAGUGGCUGGUGUGCACAACAAUGUUGCACGCACAGUUGCUGUCGUGCUGUUCCCGAUUUUUGCUGCCCCUGCCUGCCUGGUCGGCCCCACCUGGCUCAAUGUAAACAUGCGUGGUGUCGACAAGAGCGCCAUCUCCAAUGCAUUGGCUAUCAUCGGCACCAACUUUGGAGUGCUGGCUAACAGCUAUGCCUAUCUGAACACCGAUGCCCCACUCUACAUCAAGGGUAACUCGUCCAACUUUGGCGUGUUUGCGGUGGCCAUCAUCAUUGCUCUUCUCCUGAGAUUCAGCUACAAGCGCGAGAAUCACAAGUUUGCCGAACAGGAGGGCCAGGAUGGUAGCGAGGCAGGAUUCUACAACGUCUACUGA